AAAGGCGCUCUUUUGGUUCUCUUCUCCUCCCGUUUUGCCGUCCUAAUUCCUUCUCCUUUUUCCGUUUGCGGUUCUUCUUUCCGUAUCGUCCAGCGCGCGAAGCCGAGUCUCCGCAAGAAAAAGGUCGCUGGCACUUCUUUCUUCCUCUCUUGCCUUGCUUCUCUUCCGCCUUUUCGUUUUCUGGAUAUCGAAGCAUCGUCUUUUCCCCUUUCUUUCCUCCGCGUCUUCACCGACAGUGGCCGCAUGCAAGAAGGAGAACUUUGAGGUCUUUUGGAGCGUUGCCCGUCACUGUGAAACGCGUUUUUUCGCUGAGCAUCCAGACAAGAGAAUCCCCCGACGCGGCAGUGCCCAGAUGACACCUCUCCGCCGUUCUAAACGCUCUGCUUUUUCCCCGACGUUUCUUCCUUUCCUUGGGCCUUCCAGGCCGCAACAGCGGCAGAGAGAAUGACAGCUCCUCUGUCUGUGCUCUCCUGCCCUCAGGGCACGGGGACUUCUUGUCCGGAAGACAGUUUACCGUUCACGCUUCAGUCUUCUUUCUCAGCUACGUCGUCUCCCUUUCUGCAGCACAUCGUUUGCAACAGCACAGCGUCUCGUCUGUGCGUAUCGUCUUCCGCGCGCUCCCUGCUUUUCUUCGAUCCGUUCACCUUCUCUCUGACUUCUGAAAUCCCUCUUGCACAUGAGUCACAAAUCACGAAUCUCUCCUUCUUCUCGACAUCUCCUCACCUUCUCGCCUCCUCCUCGCAAGACGGCACUGUCCGCCUGUGGGACUGCCGCGCGCCCUCGUCUGCUCUCUCUUCGUCGUCUGCUCUCUCUUUUUCUCCGGCCUGUGUGCGGAGUUUACGGGUCGCCCCUGCAGGGAGCACAGAGGCGGAAGUCUGGACGGUGUCUCUGAACAGCUCGGACACUCUGGUCGCGACCAGCGCGAAAAACGUUUGCUGGCUCUUCGACCUUCGAGGUGGACUGAACUCCUCUUCUCCGUCGUUCUCUUCUUCUUCGGGGGUCAGCGCAGAACCGUCGGUGCGUUCUGAAGCAACUCGAGGGAGACGGAAGAGGGGGAAAGACAGGAGAGCCGGAUUCGGACCGCAGAACGCUCUCGCGCGCGUCGAGGCGCACUCAGACACGGUCACCUCUCUUCUCUUCCACCCCACUGUUGAGCAUCUCCUCUUCUCUGGUGGAGAAGACCAGCUCGUCUGCGUCUACGACCUCACCAAGGGCAACUGGAACUCGCCUUCGUCUUCGGCGUCACUGUCUCCAUCACCGUCUUCUCCGUCGUCUUCUGCGCCUUGUGCUCUCUCGGCGGCUGAGGGUAUGCACGUGGAAAGCGACGACUUGCCCGACGAAGAAGAAGAUCGAACGAUGGUGGCAUGCUUCUCUCAUGGAAGGCCAGUGAAGCAGCUGUCUGUUCUAGGUCCCGAGGACGACUGUCUGUGCGUGACAAGUCCAAUGGAGGACGUCGCCCUGUGGCACCUCGCAGGCCUCUCGAGAAAGUUCGCUGGGCCGUGCAGAGAGCGAGAAGCAGAGAUGGAGACAGAUGCAGACUGCAUGCAGAGCGAGAAUGUGGGGUGGCACAUCGAGAAAAAAGCCGACUGGCUACAGCUGAGAAACCACCCUUCACUCGUAGUCGGCGACAGUGCCGGCUGCAUCAUCGACAGCUUCUACGAACAUGCCUCUGGCAGGCUGUUUCUCCUUGCAGGAAGCGUCGAGGGGAACUUGCUGCUCUUCCAUGCGAACCUCGACGGACUCAUCCCCGCGGCGCCGUUCGCUGUGCCGUCGACUGGCUGUGGACACGCUGGCCUCGUCAGAGAUGCAACGACGAUUCCGUCCUGCUCUGUGCCGCCCCACCUCUCCUUCCCUCCGGGCUCUCCCUUCACGUCGUUCCUCGUUGUGACUUGCGGCGAAGACGGACGACUGUGUGCGUGGAAGCAAGAGUUGGCAGAGGAAGACUCUCUCUUCGCGCCUGCCAAGCAGAAGCGCCUCCACAUCCGCAAUCAUCGCUGGCCGAAAGGAGCCGGGAGAGACGCGAGAAACGGAGACAACAACUUGCGCGCGAACCUGGGGCGCUGUGCGCCCUAUUGAACGAGCUCCGAGCGAAGGAAAGGGAGGGAAGAGAAAACAGGGGAGAGAGACAUGAGAGAGGAAACAGGAGAGGAAGGCGAGAGCAGAGAGAAACGAUAGGGGAGAGAAGAAAGAGAUGAAAGGGCACUGAGUGGUAAACAGACAGGAGAGAUAACAUAUUUUCAGUUUCGAAAUCCGUUCUGAUGCAACGGCGACAGCACAUGGGUGUGCGCAGUGUCCGUGUCGUGUAUCCAUCGCUUUUCGUUUUUUCGCAGGUUUUCUUCUACUUCUCGUUUGUGGCUUUCCAUCCCUUCGAUUUUCUUUUGUUUGAAGAACCCAGAUCACGUUCCUGUUUUCUGAAGACUCUUUUCUCCAGAAAAACAUCACUGGCAGUUCGACGCCUGAAACACGAAACUCUUUUAAUGGAUACGUGAAUCUAGAUCUCCCUAUAUAAACACAUAUGUGUAUAUAUAUGUAUAUAAAUAUGUGCAUAUAUGUAAGUGUACUUACUCGUACAUAUAUAUAUAUAUAUAUAUAUAUAUAUUCACAUAGGAAUGCGAAUAUGCAUUCAUAUAUCUAUAAUUCUUAAAUUCGUAUGUAUGUAUAUAUACAUGUGGAUACGCGUCUCCAGGACAUGCGACUGUUUUCGGUGUCGCGUCUUGUGUGUGCCGAAGCCUCGAUUUAUGUGGCUAAAAGUACAAACAACGAGGGAAGAUGCCGCAUGCAAAGUCCGAAAUUCGCUCCUUGCGGCUCCUUCUGCAGGCCGCGCAGACAGCCCCUGCUUCGCUUGUGCCGCGCAAAAGGAAACACCUAACAUGUGAGAUAGGAGAGAGGCGAGAGAAAGCGCGGAAAGAAGCGAGCAGCGAGAGACGAGAGCAGAUGCGGAGAGGAAGCUCUUUUCAGAGGCGCAAAAGAUGAGAAAAACGAGCAGGGGCGCGAGAGGUAUAUGAGAACAGCGUGGACGCCCUCUUAAGGAAGAGCUCUUUGAAGGGAC